UGCAUUCAUCAUCCGAAGCCGGUAGAUGAUUUUGUGGUUGAUCGUAUUACCGAAAAGUAUUAUUUUACUUAGACCGAUUAGCAAAUUCAAGAUUCAUUAAAAGUUGUGAUUGCAUAAAUAAUAAACUAGGCGCCGAUUAUAAGAGAUUUGUAAUGCAUCGACUACUAGUGGUACUUUGCAUUUCCGUGGCACUAGUUGCUGGCGCUGAGCAAGAUGUGCUGGAAUUGACGGAUGACAACUUCAAUUCUGUGUUGAAGCAACAUGAAACUACAUUAGUUAUGUUUUAUGCACCAUGGUGUGGACAUUGUAAGAGAUUAAAACCCGAGUAUGCCAAAGCUGCGGAGCUCGUAAAGGGAGACGACCCUCCAAUAACUUUGGCGAAGGUUGAUUGCACAGAAGCCGGUAAAGAAACUUGCGGUAAAUUCUCUGUUAGCGGCUAUCCAACCCUUAAGAUUUUCCGUGGUGAUUCAGUUUCACAAGAUUAUAGUGGACCACGAGAAGCAAGUGGAAUUGUGAAAUACAUGAGAGCUCAAGUUGGACCAGCUUCCAGAAAUAUUAAAUCGGUUGAUGAAAUUAAUAAAUUCCUAGACACCAAGGAUACAACGAUAUUUGGCUUCUUCGAAGACCCAGAUGUAGCCCUUGCUAAACUGUUCGUCAAAUUCGCUGAUAAGAAUAGAGAGAAAUAUCGUUUUGGUCAUAGUAAUGACCCUGAUGUACUCGCUAAAUAUGGAGAAACAGAAAAGAUUGUGCUCUUCCGUGCACCACAUUUGGCGAACAAAUUUGAGGAAACGAACGUUCAGUUCGAGGGAUCAUCGGAAUCUGAAUUAAGUACAUUCGUGAAGGAGAAUUUCCAUGGUUUGGUAGGUCAUCGUACCCAGGAUACUAUUCGCGAUUUUAAAAAUCCACUUAUAGUUGCGUACUAUUCUGUUGAUUAUGUAAAGAAUCCUAAAGGAACAAAUUAUUGGCGUAAUCGCGUUCUCAAAGUGGCGAAGGAAUUCACUAACAAAGCAACAUUCGCUAUUAGCGCAAAAGAUGAUUUCCAACAUGAACUAAAUGAAUAUGGCUAUGACUUUGUUGGAGACAAGCCCGUCAUUUUAGCCCGCGAUGAAAAGAAUCUCAAAUAUGCUCUGAAGGAGGAAUUUUCGGUCGAAAAUCUACGAGAUUUUGUUGAAAAAUUACUUGAUGGAGAACUUGAGCCUUACGUGAAGUCCGAGCCUAUUCCAGAAAACAAUAAUGCCCCCGUAAAAAUUGCUGUUGCCAAAAACUUCGACGAAGUAGUCAUUAAUAACAAUAAAGAUACGUUGGUAGAAUUUUAUGCACCUUGGUGUGGGCAUUGCAAGAAAUUGGCACCAGUAUUUGAUGAAGUUGCCGAGAAAUUGCAGAAUGAAGAAGUAGAACUUGUUAAAAUGGAUGCCACUGCCAACGAUGUUCCACCAGAGUUCAAUGUUCGUGGAUUCCCAACACUUUUCUGGCUGCCCAAAAAUCAAAAAGACAAACCAGUUGCUUACAACGAAGGACGUGAGGUCGACGACUUCAUUAAGUACAUCGCCAAACACGCUACCAAUGAACUCAAUGAAUUUGACCGCAGUGGCAAAUCGAAGAAAACAGAACUCUAAAUGUAUGCGGAAAUUUGUUGAAAUUUCAUUUUGAGAGCUUAAAAACGCUGCAUAUUUUGUCACCACUGACAUGUUCAAACUUUUCCAUUACAUAAAUUUAAACAUUCUCAUGUUAAGUUCGGCAUAUACUACAGCGCUUGAAAAUCUAUAAACUUUCGUUAAAGCGUAUAAUAAAUAGUGAUAAAAUUAACUUUUUUAUUUGAAUAAAAUAUACUGAUAGGAAAGAAAUAAA